AGACUGGUGUUUUGCAGCCAGUGGAGCUUUCAGCUGCAGCGUGGAUGGAAAGUUUAUCAACUCAAGAAUCUCUUGUUUGUGGCUGCUGUUGUGACUGCUUGUAGGAUUACUAUGCCUGUUAUUUGAAGAAUUUCAUCCAUCAGGAUGUACAACCACAAUUGGGGGAGAAGCUGGCAGCGGCGCAGUUGCAGCGGGAAGUUGCACGAAGCAAAAGUGAAGGAACAAUGCGAGAGAAGCUGAUACACGAGUUGGAGGAAGAAAGACGUUUGAGACUCGAGAGUGAGAAGCGGCUAGGGGAGGUGACAGUGGAGUCGGAGAAGAUCACAGCUCACAUGCUUUCAUUGAAGCAGCAGCUCUCCAGGGUGGAAGAGACAGUGCGGAAUUUACUGCAGAACCAGGGGGCUCUGGAUCAGACUGCUGUGGACACGGUGGACAUUAUGAAGGUCUUUAAGAGUAAACUUUCUGAAGGAGUCAAAAAGCCAAAGGAAGCGGUGGAAGACCUGAACCUGGCAGCAGAGGUGGAUUACCACAGUGAAAGCAGCGGGAAUGAGGAGGGGAAGGACAAAACCACGCUGCUUCUGGAAAGGCUGCGAACAUUAGAGGCAGAGAACUUGGCCCUGACAACGGAAAAUGAAACCCAGAGAGAGCAGUAUGAGCGCUGUCUUGAUGAGGUGGCAAAUCAGAUUGUCCAGGCUUUGCUAACUCAAAAGGAUCUCAGAGAAGAAUGUGUCAAACUGCGUACCCGGGUGAUUGAUCUGGAGCAGCAGAAUCGAACGCUCAGUGUUCUGUUCCAGCAGCGAGUCAGGCCAGCUUCUGAUUUGCUACUUCAAAAACUUCACUCGCGCAUCAUGGACCUGUCGGCCGGAGACCUGCUGUCUGAAUCUGAUAGGAGUAAAAGCUUUCUGCAGUUACGAACCACAGAAACUGACAGUCAUGAGUCCCAACAGAAUGUAAAAUCUGAAAUACCCGUCUUCAAAUGCCAGAGUCAAUUAAGUUUGACAGUACCAACACAACUGUACCCCCGCAGCAGCUGCAGCAGCAGUGAGCGCUCCCUGUCGAGUGCCUGCAGCGAAUAUUCCAGUGGCUCCUACACUUGGAAUGAUGGAAAAUUAUGUAGCAAAAGGUCAUCACUGAACUGGGAAAAAAGAGUGAGCAUUGGCUCCUCGGCCCCCAAUGUUUCCAGCCCUGUCGAGGAACAGCUGCCCACCAGAAAGAAGGAAAGCCACAUCCUGGAAGGCCUGAAAAAGCUCCAAAAGAGGAAGCCGAUGGAGCCACCUUCGCUCAUAUCCAAAUGGGGAUACAAGGACUGCAUGAACUCCAACGAAGGGAUAUACUCACCCGGUAUAAAGUGUGUGGGUCACAGCGUUCCUAAGUCCCAGCUGUCAAACAAACCUGUAAGAAUGUGCAUGAGCCGCGAGCAGGGAAAAAAAAUUGCCUAUGACUCUGAUUCUCACGAUGACGCAGAUGACGAAUCUACAAAUACACCCACCCUACCCUACGAUUUACCAAGUAAGGACUGUAGGACAUUCUGUAAAAAGUUAACACACAGUGUUUCUGAUAGCCUGUUCAGCUGGGGGCACAGUGGAAAAUCAAUAGUGGGGAGGAAGCCCUCGUACUUCAACACGGAGCGACCUGAAAAACUAACAAGCUUUAUCGAUGGCCUUCUCUUGAGUGAGAAAACAUGUACAAGCUUCGCGCUCCCAGUGUUGAAGUUUAAGGCCAGUCCUACAGACUUAGAUUGUGCACUGCAGCUUUCUGAUGAUCUGGAAGUCCUGGAGGACUUGCAUGUGGAAAGUGGGGAUGAUACAAGCAGUACAGUCAACCAACUGGCUGAGAAACAAGCAAUAGGCGGCUCUAACAGGCUUUCAUACAAGUUUGACAACCUUCCCCUUCCGCAAUGUGAAAAAGAUCUCAGUUUUUCUUCACAACUAGACAGUAGGCCAAAGACUUUUAAUUUGACGAAGCAGAACAAGGUGGUAAGAAAGACCUCGUCUGAAGAAAGUAUCACUGUAAUAUUUGAUGUGGAAGACGGGGAGCCUAUUGAGCUCAGUUCACACCAGACUGGAGUCGUCUCUGUGACUAGAAAUGAGAUUUAUGUGAACCAGCAGCAGACCAUAUCCACUGCCGAAUAUACUGAGCUCGUACCUCAGGGAAUAGUUAAUUGUCAGAAAGGAAGCAAAGCGAGAAACUACUCCAUCCUAGAAUCCCCACAAAACAAAGCUGAACAGCAGCCUGACAAUAUGGCAAAGAAAAAUGGUAUUCUUUCGAGUGUAUGCACUGACACCCCACACUCUGAAAGACUGCUGUCACACAUUCGUCAGCAACCAAAAUUAAUAAAGCCAGCCUAUAAUAAUGCUCAAAAACAUAAUUAUGUACCUUCUAUGCAGACAGCUUCCUCUCAAAGGACAAAUUUGACCAAAAUACCAAGCAGUGGCAAAGGGGCUCCACAAAAGGUCUCUAAGGCACCUGCAAGUGAAACCAGCAAUAACAAUGGGACCUCAAGUUCUUCAUGUCAAGAAAAGUCACCAUCCUCUCCCCCAGUUAAGCUAUCAAGGUUCAUGAAAUCUCCUGGGGGUGGUUGUAACCAGAGCCCAAAGGCAGAAUUGGUAGUUUCAAAGCACAAUGCACAACCUCAACAGAGCUCCAAGAUUCCCUGUAGGAAUGACUGGGGAAAGGGCUCUAACACUGGAGUACCAGGUUCUCCCCUGUUGCCUAGGCGACACAUGGAACCUGUUGAUUAUGGGGAGCCUCCAACCAGAGACAGGCAAUGUGAUCCAGGACAAGCUGAACUCAGGUCUCCCUCCCCACCUCCACCACCAGGCAGAUCUACUUCUUUACUGAUAAGACUGAACUAUGAAAACACCCCUCCUCUAGCACUUAAACCUGGCAACCAACGCAGUACUUCAAACGCUUCAAAAGGAGUGUCUGCUGCAUUGUUGCAUCAUCGCCAUCAGCCGCCCCAACUUGAUGUUCAACAUGAAAGACCUCAGAUGAUGCAAGAUUCAGCAGAAUUAGAUGUAAGUCAGAAAUUGGUAAAUAAUGUCACCCAACAGCUCCAAAGUCCUCCCGGAGCCCAUCAGACCCCCACAAAAGGUUCUCCUAAAAAGGUUUCUGAACCUAUAGCAAAGAGCUCUAAAAACAUUUCCUGUCCUCAGAAAGGUUCCUCACUACAAAGCACAUUUAUCAGUAAGAAGGGGCUUUCCUGUGAGAAUGGAGUACCUCUGCAGUACAAAACAUCUAGCAGCUUGCCAAUAUCGGUCCAGGGUCACUCACAAAGUACUAUUGAGCCACAUGCGACUCAGGGACAUGGUUCCCAAGUGACACCAACAUCACCCGGUGCUGAAAACAGUCUUCAGAACCCUGAAGAAAAAGUUGUAAAGACACGUAUUCCCAUUGGGCUUAAAGUCCUUGUUAAAUCUCCACCAGUGCUAAAGAAAAGCAUAACAGUGCCUGGUAAGCAGGAGAAAGAUAAUAUUAAUGCAGCUUCCAAAGGAACAGUGACGCCAAACAAUUUUAGGCAGUGUGAUGCAUCACAGGGAAUGAGAUGUUUUGAAAUGGUGACUGCAAAAUCUGAUCAGGAGAUUAGGAGAGAUAUUCAGGAAAGUUAUUUGAAUGAAGAAACACUGUCACCAGUAUUGAAUGACAGUGAGAGUCCUGUUGCAGACAAAGGAGAUGGAGAAAGUAGACUGUUUAAAAGGUCUGUUUCAGUGACAAAUAAGCCCCAUUUAAUGCCUGCCCUGGGAAUGAAUGGAGCAAAAGCCCGCAGCCAGAGCUUUAGCACACACACUGGGGAUAAAACAUGCACCAGUGUGAUGGAAGGGCCUGGUAAGAUACGUACUCAGAUCAUAACAAACACAACCGGAAGGGGAAGCUCCUUACCAGGACAGAACUCUUCUAUUGAAGGGUUUCAGCUGACAUCUGGAAGCGGUCCUGGUGAAAGCCCUUCUCAUUCUCCAAGGGGGGUUGACCAUUCCUACACCAGACAAAGCUCUUGUGGAAACAUGAGUAGUUCAAGCAGCCACCAAGGUAGCCCAAGCAAAGUUGCUAGUAGAACUACCCCCAAAGCAGAUGGUCCUCGAAACGGGUCCAAGUAUGAGAGCAACAAGUCACCACCUCAACAAGAAGCACGCAGCCUACCUCUAGCUGACAGGCUGGGACUCAGAAAUUCCAGACAACCUGGAAAAUCACAGUCUCAGUUUGAUUCUGUCUCAUCUUCUCAUUUCUUACCGGAACAGGCAUCCGAAAGCAUUGGUAGCAGGUUGCUAAACCCUAACCGAAUUGAUAUAAUGAGACCAGCAAAAAAGUUGGACAACCCCACAAGAGGGCCGGAGUUACUGGAACAACUCAGUCCUUCGGUAUCCACGAUAGAAGAGAAAGUUAUGAUGGGCAUUCAAGAGAACAUGCAGAAAGUUCAAGGGAAGGAAAAGUCGCAGGUCACAGAGACAAAACUAAAAACGGGUUCUUCAUUGGCCAGCUGGUUUGGUUUCCGCAGGAGUAAGCUCCCUGCACUAAGUGGCAAAAAAGCUGAUACCUCCAAAGCAAAAGAAGAGAAGAAAGAAGUCCAGAUUGGAUCGGUACUGGGAAACAAGCAGAUGAAGUCAGACAAAAAGAAAGAUAAGAAAAAUGAACAGUGCAAAGAUAGUCAAGGGCAUACAACAAAACCAGAGAAUAAUGAUAAAGUGGUUUCAAUCAUGGAUCACUGCAAUACUAAGAUAAGUCCACCAAUGAAACAGCUUCAGCCUUCUACAGCCAAGGACCAAUUUAUGAAGGAGCUACUGAACAGAGUUGAUAAGACAGAAAAUGGAUCAAAUCAUGUUUCCUACAGGAGUGUGUCGAAGGGCAACUCCCAGGACUCAUCUCUUCCCACCAUCUCUAUCAGCACCCAAGGGAACCACAAGAAAAACAGUGAAAUGAAGGCAGAUAUGGAAAUGCACAGUGAAACUGUGACCAAGAUUGUGACACAGAAUAUCAACAUUAUGGCAGACGAUGAUGAAGAGACCAUCCACAAACCUUCUUGUCAAGAUCAUAUGCUAGGGUCAAGCUGCCAGAUGAGAACCCUAGACAGUGGGAUAGGAACUUUCCCCCUCCCUGACUCGGUCAACAGGGCGACCGGAAGACAUCUCCCCAAAUCCCAAUCCAACCCUGAGAAGGUGGUAACUGUCUUCCUGGAGCCACAUGAAAUCCUGCCCCAAACCACUCUAUCAAAGGCCAAAACUCUGGAACGAGAAAUGCCUUCCACCUCCGAGACUUGCCAACAAGAGCCUACCAUGGCUGCCAAAGCUGGACACACUCUUCAGAGCCGGCUUCCCAUGCCAACCACCUCAGGCAUAAUGAAACCCAAGGGAGUGCGUGUAAAAAAACUGAAUCCAGUCUCUUCCAAGUCUCCUGACAGCCACGAGAAGCAGGCUGAGAAGAGGAAGAACAGUCAGGACCAGAGCAGUCUGCAGACUGAUAGAACGCUACUGGAGUGCACAUAUUCAGCCAGCAGCAGCGAUAGCGAAACUGAGCCUGAGUAUGAAUCAAAUGAGAUUGGAACUGGUCAGGAAGAGCUUUUAGACCAAAUGAAAAACAACACGCAAGUUGGUCAAGAUGAGCUUGCUGUGAAGAAGAGUUGUAUUGUGAGCCCCAUGUCUAUUAUGGAUUUCUACCAACAUAAGGCAUAUGUCCAUUAUGGAAAGGAGGGACACACGGACAUGUCACACUACAGUUUUGUACACAACCAGUCUAUUGCUGAAGAAAAGGCUGGAGACAGUUCAAGGAAAUUGAAACAAGUAGAAGAGAAGAAGGAAGAACCUAAGAUGUCUGGCUUCCCUAAAAUCUCCCUCGAGUCUCUUAAUAAACUCAACAGCGACAGCGGCCCUUUCCUGGAGAAGGAGAAGAAGAGCCCGAACAAGGCUGAAGGGGAGAAAGCAGGUGAUGCUGGGAAUGAAGAAGCCUGCUCUAGUUGUUCUGGUAAAGCUGGUGUGGACAAUCUGGGAUCAUUCAGCGAUUCUUUAUAUGACAGCUUCUCCUCCUGUGCCAGCCAAGUCUCCAGUGACAUAUAGAGACUCUACGGUACACAUUGAACUUCUUCCUGAGAGAGCACUUACUAUAACAAGGAAAGAAGUUAAUGUAACUGGUGGAAUUUUAAAAAAGAACACCACCAUUGAAGCCUAAGGUGUAAGAAAUGAAAGCAGGUGCAAAAAAAAAAAGGACAAUAUUUGGAAACCGUAAAUUGAUGGCAGAGCCUAACUUAGAUUUUUAUAUAAUGGGAUUUUUGUAACUUUGCACUGUUAUAAAUACUGUACAGAGAUUUCUUUAAAUUAAAACAAAAAAUAUAUUUGUAGCAAAAUGAAAUAAAGCAAUAAAUAUUAUCAGUCGGUGCCAUCACCCAAGUUUACAAAUUAUUAAGACAUAAAACUUGAUUUGAAGAUUUAAAAUAUAAUGUUAAUUUGUUUCAUGGUAAUUUAAAUUAUAUGUUUAUUGAUGUGUUAAAUUCUGUAUUUUUGUGCAAACUGUGUAUUUUUAGGGUUACCAGUUCUGUUUCGGAUCAUACAUAAACCAACAUGACAUUGUUGAACUAGAAACAAAAAUCUUAAAACAAUGAAUGUAACACACAGUCAGAUUUCUUUGAUUUAAAUGCAAAGUGUGAAUGUCUGUAAAUCUGUUACUAAAAGAAAAUACUAUGUUUAAUUUACUGUUCUGUUAAAUCUACUGACACAAACCUUAUCACCUUAACUGUAUUUUGGGUUUUUUGGCAAACCAAGUCUAAUAUCCACAUUUACACAGCUCACAUUUCAUGGUGCUAACAAAAAAACACACUGUCUCAUUUUUUUUUUUUUCUAUGAAAGCUGUAUUCAUAUGUAAGGAGAGUCUAUUUCAAAGGACACCUGUAUUUUUCUAGCUGUGCUGUAUUUAUACCUACUUUUGUAAAUGGAACUAUAAAUUACUGUAUUUGUGUUAUUUCAGAUUUUUUUUUCCCCCAUAAUUGUUACGUUUUAAAAUAAUAUGGUACCAACAGUGUUACUUUGGUAAUAAUUUGUGCAAUUUUUGCUGUCACGUUAGAACUGAUGCCACAUUUUAUGUAAUGAUGUUGUCAGAAAGAAAUAAAAUGAUUUUCAUUUUUUAA